AUGGCAAGCAAAGACAAGGUGGCCUGUGUUACAUAUAUGUUGCGGGAUGAUGCCCAGAUCUGGUGGGAGGUAGUAUCUCAGACUCGAAAUGUGGCUAUGAUGGGCUGGGAAGAAUUUAGGGAGUUGUUCAAUGAGAAGUAUUAUAAUGACACAGUUCGAUCUACGAAUAUGGAUGAGUUUAUGAAUCGGGUUCAGGGUAACAUGACAGUGACUGAGUAUUCUUUAAAGUUUGACAGGUAUGAGGCAACCAUAGACUAUAAAAGAAGGAUGAUGACCUUUGAACCUGAGGGAGAGGACCCGUUCAUGUUUGUGGGUGCUUUAAAUGGACCUCACAUUCCAAUUAUUUCAGUAUUGAAGCUGAGGAUCAAAGAUGAGGAUGUUCCAAAGACGACUUUUCGCACGAGGUAUGUGCAUUAUGAGUUCUUGGUUAUAUCCUUUGGACUAACCAAUGCCUUGAAAACUUUCAUGGAUUUGAUGAACAAGGUUGGGAAGGUGAUUGCCUAUGCCUCACGAAAGUUGAAAGAGUAUGAGCAGUGGUACCCUUCUCACGAUGUAGAACUAGCAGCGGUGGUAUUCACACUAAAAGUGUGGCUACAUUACUUGUAUGGGGAGAAGUGGAAGGCCAACAUGGUGGCAGACACCUUAAGUCGGAGAGGUACGGGACAGUUGUUUAGCUUGAAGCAGAUAUCAGAGAAGUUAGAAGAGGAUAUGACUAUAACAGGAAUAAAGCUUGUUGUAGGCCAGUUGGACAAUAUUACUCUGCAAUCUACGCUUCGUGAGAUGAUAAAGGAAGCUCAGAUGGAUGAUCCUCAAUUAGUAAAGCAUCGGAGGAUGCCCUAG